AUGUAUUCAGCCGGAUUGGAAAACCAACAAGAUUCAAGCAGUCCUAGUCAACAGAAAGAUUUUCCUUCUAAAAGUGGACAUUUGUCUGAAAUCAUCUUCACGCCAGAAGCUUCAAAGAAAGAUGAAAAUACUGAUUUGAUGGAAGGGAUGCCAGCAAGUUUCAAAUCCCCUCUGGCCGGAGUAAAUGCUGGGGCUAAAGUUCACGAGAAGCCGUCAGAUUCGAGUAACUCUGACAAUAGUAAGAAAAAUUCAAACGUUAGUCCGGAAAGCUAUGGUCAGUUCAGACAUCAGCAGUGGCAGCACACAGAUGGGGACAUAAGGCACCAGCUUCUGGUGCAGAGGAUGCUCAGUAAUCAUGAUGGGACGGAUCACCCGGAGCCCCGCACUUCAAGUCCAUUACGAAAAGUGAGGAUCUGUACGGUGGCGCCUGGAAUGCAGACUGUGACAGUCAGUCCUAGCAGUGGGACGCU